AUGAAUAAGCAAGUGUUUGUCGCAUUUUUGGUCCUGGCCAUUGCCACAGUUUGUGUCCGCGCUGAGUGCGAGGAGGGCGGUGAUGAUGGAGCGGUCCUUGGAUUCCUCAAGAAAGUCGGUUGCAACAUCAAGGACGGUGCCGAGAAAGUUGGCGAAGGAAUUGCCGAAGGAGCUAAGGCCACAAAGGAUGGCGCUGAGUCACUUGGAAGUUCAAUUAUUGACGGAGUUAAGGAUGGUGCUGAGGCAACAAAAGAUGGAGUCAUGAAAGUCGGUGGCAAAGUUGUUGACGGUGUUAAGGAUGGAGCCAAGGCCACCAAGGAAGGUGCUGAGAAUUUGGGAGGCAAAAUUUCUGAUGGAUUAGUGACUGCCAAGGACAAAGUUAAGGAUAUUGGUUCAGACAUCAAGAACAAAGCUAGUGACUUAGUCAGCAAAUAG